AUGACAACAGACAAAAAAACAUUUGAUACAUAUGUUGACGCCUUCAUGAAGCUUAAGCAGGAAAGUAGCGCUAUUCCCAAACAUUGUUUUGACAAGGAGGGUAACGUUGUAGACGAAAAACUAAAUAUGUACAUUAACGAUUAUUUACAACAUGAAAACACACAAUUAGAGGCAAAUAAAAUAUGUCAUAACCCCGGACAAAGAACUGUCAUGAAGGCCUUACUAAACUCUUCAUGGGGUAAACUAGCACAAAACGAGGACACCACAGUAGUGUCGUUUGUGGACAGUCUAGACGAUUUGUUAGAAAUGGUGAAAGACAGUAUCGAUGUAACCUCGUUAGAUUUUAUUAGUGAUAAUAUUGCUAGAACAACACAUGGGAAGGGGGCAUUUUUAAUACCGCUAGCCAAUAGAAAUGUAAUUAUUGCAUCAUUUGUUACAGCAUAUGCACGAUUAGAAUUGUUUGAAGUACUAAACAAACUUGGCGAAAGCGUAUUGUAUUUUGAUACAGAUUCUGUAAUAUAUGUUGACGAUAAAUACAAGGAUUAUACCGUAGAAACGGGUCAAUAUUUGGGAGAAAUGACUGAUGAAUUAUCUGGAAAAAGCUGUAGUGAAAAAUGGAUCGAACAAUUUUGUACAACAGGUCCUAAAUCAUACUCAUACCGCACAAACGAAUACACGCGAGUUAAUGAUGACGGUAGUAAAACAAAACAACGCGAUGAAAUUGUACACGUUAAGGGUUUCUCGUUGAAAGGCGAUACGAAAAGAAAAAUAACAUUUGACACUAUGACAAAAUGCAUAGUAGAUAAAAAAAGUGAUUCAUAG